GGGGCCUGGGCCUGGGUCUGCGGGCGCCCCGUCUGGCGGGGUUCCGAGGCGGCGUCGGCAUCAGUGCAGGCCCUGCCCCGGGAGCUCAUCCAGUCCCCUUUCACCCGUCUCGUCCCCAGCUCUAGACUCGAGGCCCUGUCCCCUGAACUCUGCCCUCGGAUGUCCGACCGCCCAGAGCCUGCAUGCGCCGUGGGGCGCCCCAGGACCAGGAGCUGGUGGGUCCGGGGGCCCCUGGGCGAGGGUCCCGGGGCGCCCCUCCAGCCUCGGGGCCCGUUGUCCCGGUCCUCGUCUUUCCUCCGGAUCUAGUAUUCAGAGCGGACCAGCGGAGCGGUCCCCGACAGCUGCUGACCCUCUAUAACCCCACGGGAACGGCCCUUCGCUUCCGAGUCCUAUGCACGGCACCUGCCAAAUACACGGUGUUUGACGCGGAAGGAUACGUGAAGCCUCAGUCUUGCAUCGACAUUGUGAUUCGCCACUUGGCCCCGGUUCCCAGCCACUAUGAUGUCCAGGACCGCUUCCGCAUUGAGCUGUCCGAGGAGGGAGCUGAGGGCCGAGUGGUGGGACGCAAGGACAUUACCUCGGUUCUGAGAGCUCCAGCAUGUCCCCUCGAGCUUCAGGGACAGCCCAACCCAACGCCCCAGCCAGGGCCUCCUGCUGGGACAGCACCACCCACGGCCAGACACUUGCGGGAGAGUUCGGUCUCCUCCCAGAGGACCUUGGGCUGGCCGGGAGGAGGGGCUCCGGCUUCUGAUGGGCCUCGUUUCUCAGACCCCCACCAGCCGCUGGCUCCCAGCUCCUUCCUCCUGUUCCUGCUGACGGGGAUCAUCUCUGUGGCCUUCCUGCUGCUCCCGCUUCAGGACGAGCUCGGCAGCCAGCUGCCUCAGGUUCUGCACGUCUCCCUGGGGCAGAAGUUGGUGGCAGCCUACGUCUUGGGACUCCUCACCAUGGUGUUCCUUCGGACCUGAGCGCCCCGUUCAACCCGCGACCUCCCCGCCCUCCCUGGGCCAGGGACUCGAGGCAGCCACUGUGAUGCUCAUACCUUGCCUCUGUUCCUUCUCUCCCCUCCUUCCUGCCCACCCCCGCCUCCCCGGAAAAAAAACGCCCAGGGAUUUGUACUCAUUUUCCAAGUUGAAUAAAAUAAAAAUUUCACA